AUGACGGACGUGAAGGAGUGCGAGCCCCCGAAGAAGAUCGGGCAGGAUGUCUAUCUCUACGAGGGUUCUGCCUACAACAGCAAUGGGGCCAAUUCCGACCCUUCACUCAUCAUCCUAUGUACUUGGCUUGGAGGAGCGAGUCCUCGACGCAUCAACAAAUACGUGGCGCGAUAUCGAGCCAUUUUUCCAGAAUCAUCCAUCCUUCUCAUUACCACCACAUUACCGGAUAUCACCAUCCGUCCUUUUAGCAUGCUGCGUGCGCGAUUGAAACCAGCUCGUGAAGCCAUCUGUCACAUUUUCUCUCAGAAAGCCGAAGAUACAACUGGAUGCAAGAACGAUGCUCUGCUACAUGCCUUUUCCCACGGAGGAUGCAACACAGCCAUUCAGUUGGCGCUCUCCAUGAAGGAAAAUAGCGGUCCAGAUGCGUUGCAUCAUCUCCCCCUAAGAGGCGUCAUCUUCGAUUGCUGUCCUGGGGAGACCGAUUUCCGCCGAUCAUACAAUGCUGCCGUUCUCUCUCUUCCUCGGGGUGGUAAAUUGGUCCAGCUUGUCGGCAGGGCUGUGUUGUACACGACCGUGGGGACGAUCACCAGCAUCCAGAACAUGGGGCUUAUGAGCUCUGUCAAUGACCUGCGGCAUCAACUAAAUGACGAGGCGGUGCUGGGACGCCAGGUCCGAAGGCUGUACAUGUGCUCGCGAGCGGAUACCACUGUCGACUGGCGCGAUGUGCUGUCGCACAUGGAGACGGCUCGAGAGCAGGGAUACCAAGCUAAUGGGGUGAUUUUUCGGAACAGCCCGCAUUGUGCGCUGAUGCUAGAGGAUGAGAAGAAAUACUGGACGAGCAUUGAACAGUUUUGGAGGGAGCAGGAUCUAUUGUACAAGGUUGAUGGUCCUGCAUCUGCUCUUGAAGGUGGCUCGACAAACAUAGACGGCUCAUUACCUCGUAGUAAACUUGCGACAUCCGUAAUCGCUCAUCACCCGCUCCCCUCCCAACGCGCGUUGUUGAUCUUCUGCUCUCUUUCCUCAGUCACGCAUAUGGAUCUGUUAUCGAUCCUACCCGGCUUUCAAACACGACCAUAUGCUCAUAUCAUACCCCCCCUCGAGAGGAACAAAAUAACCACCGCCGAUCUCAUCACCCUCGAUAAUCUCGAGAUCGCGAAACGCGCUCACGUCCCCCCCGCGGACCUUCGCCGACUAACCACUCAAGUUGUCCAGGCGUUGCACAAGGACAUUGGAUUCAAAGAGGCUUGUGAGGAAGAUGAUGCUGUUGAGCCGAGCUCCAGCAUUGACAUCGAAAAGCCUCUCAUCCUUGGUCCAUCGACCAAGCUAGACUUAUCGCGAUGGAGUGCGAUCAGCACUCUGGACCCCGUGUUGGAUGAGCUGCUCAAUGGUGGUCUGCCGACUGGCUAUUUGACCGAGGUGACCGGAGAAAGUGGGAGCGGCAAGACGCAAUUUCUCCUCAGCCUCCUUCUAGCGGUGCAACUUCCAGAGCCUCGAGGUCUAGGGAAAGGCGCAAUCUACAUCUCGACAGAGGCCCCGUUGGCUACAUUGCGGCUGUCGCAGCUGCUCGAGUAUCAUCCUUACCUCUCGACCCUCCCGAAAGACCGCGCCCCGACACUGGAGAACAUUCUCUCCAUCAAUGCGAUGGAUCUGGAAACCCAAGAUCAUAUCCUCAACUACCAGUUGCCCGUUGCGAUUACCCGCUACGAUGUCGGCCUCGUAGUCAUCGACUCGAUAACUUCCAAUUACAGAGCAGAACAUACAUCUCACAACGUCCUGGGCCUGUCUACCCGGUCUGGGGAACUGGCAAGACUUGGCCAGCUGCUGCGCAACCUAGCCGUCGCAAAGAAUAUCGCGAUUGUUGUCGCAAAUCAAGUCUCGGACCGCUUCGAUCCUCUCGAGAGUAAUCCAGCAUUGCUGCGCGCCGCCGCAUACGGAAAUACUGUUGUCUCGUCCUCGCCGGUUUCGACACAGCCACAACCACAGCCGACGACGCCAGGACACCGCGACUUAGCCGUCGCUUCACCACUUCCCGCUGCCCGAUCUAGGCCUCCGGAGUCCGGCAAUGCCGAGCUGUCUCCUCACAUCACGAUCGCUCCGCCUUCCCCAUCCCCAGCCCUCCCCUCCUCGCCAUUCGUCGCGGACGACGACCAGCAGCAGAACCAGCAAGAUUUCGACGGCUCGUACGUGAUCGGCAACCCCGUGCGCAACGAGCUGCUGAGCCUGGUGCACCAGCAACGAUUCUUCACCGGGUGGGGCGAUACGCCGCAGGCUGCCGCGACGCCUUCACCAUACUACCUCUCCCGACAGCCCACGCACAAGACGCCCGCACUGGGCUUUGUCUGGUCAUCCCAGAUAGCGUGCAGGAUUGCCCUAAAGAAGGAGGAGAUCCCGACCACGCUUGAUCCUGCUUUCGAGCCAAAGAGCACAGACCAUCUGUCUCCAGCUUCACAACCACAUGGUGGAACCAAACCGGCGUCAGACGGUAAGGAGCACCGAAUCGAUCACCACGUCCCGGAAAUCCACUCAGAUAUCCCACCAACAGCACCAGAUACAAUUCCCCCACGCACGCUCCGAAGAACCAUGAAACUGGUCUUUGCGCCUUGGACCGCCGGGACGGUAACAACUACCGUCGACAAGGACGGGGACCCCGCCGUUUUCCUCCAAGAUGAGGUUGAAUAUACCAUCUGGAAGGGAGGAUUGAAGAGUGUGGAAGUGCAAGAGUAG